AUGAUGGAAUACAUCGGAGCAACUGGAAAACCGGUAACUUUCGACGGAAUUCCGAUCGAAGACGGCAUCGAUUUCCACUUCAUUCUUAGUUUCGCCAUAGACUCCGACGUCUCCGGCAUCCCCCAAAAUGGCAAGUUCACUCCCUACUGGUCAUCAUCGUUAACCGCCGAUUCCGUCGCCGCCGUGAAAUCCAAACACCCAAACGUCAAAGCUCUGGCGAGUCUCUCCGGUUGGAGUCUCGGUUCAACAACACUUCGUUGGUACAAACCACAAAACGCUCAAACCUGGAUCUCAAACGCCUUCACUUCCAUCAAAUCCAUCGUCGAAACCUACCAUCUCGACGGAAUCGACAUCGAUUACGAAAACUUUCCAAAACACAACGAAAGUUUCAGUUACUGCAUCGGUGAACUCAUAACCUACCUGAAGAAUCAAAGCGUGAUCUCCGUCGCGACGAUCGCACCUUAUCGUCUGACGACGAUUCCUUACAUUCAACUAUUUGAUGCAUACGGCGACGUAAUCGAUUACGUGAAUCAUCAAUUUUAUACAGAUAAAGUGAAGACGACGGAGGCGUACCUGGAAGAUUUCCGGCUGAGGACGGAGGAAUUCGACGGUAACAAGGUGUUGCCGAGCUACGAAGUGGAUGGAAGAGGGAUACAAGGAGAUGCAUUCUUCGAUGCGUUGCAGGUUUUGGAAGAAAAUGGAUUUGAAAUCAAUGGAAUUAUGAUAUAUUCAGCUGAUGCUUCUGCUUCAACGAAUUCAACCGCUAAGUUCUAUUAUGAACAGAAAUCACAGGAGUUCUUGCUCAAUUCUUCCAGGAUUUGA